AUGUCAGAACUGAUUACCAAACGUGAACCACCGUUCUUCUACAUCACAUUCAAACGACCGGCCAAGAAGAAUGCUUUCAACGCUGCGGUAGGUUUUUUAAAGUUUAUAACUUGGCAGACGACCAUCUUGAAUUAUUAGUCAUUUUAUAUUUAUUCAUUAGAACUAGUCAGGUAAAGAGCGCAAACCCAAUAUUUCGGUCCGGCCUUAGAGCCUACUUGUGCUCGCCCGCCUUUUUCAAUUUUACCUAGGCCCGGCCCAUCCGCUUGUAUAAAUUCAUAAAAUAAUAACUGAGACAAUUUGUAUUGAUCUGAGCCGGGGCCAGACCAAGUGGGUCUCCUUUCAGGUCACAUUAAGAAGGGUUUUACGCCUUUUGCUAGUCAAAUAUUUUACUGAACUAAGGCUCCUGCGAGUUUUUACUGCAAGACCUAGGGCUCCUGUGGCUUUCAUUUAGUCCUUGCUCUUGAGUCCGCAUGAACUGAAAUAGCCCGGCCACUUUAAAAUUAGUUUUAAACCGGCCCAAGCCUAGAGUACUUGCUCACUUACAGAUCUAGUUAGUACUAAAGCUUGUAAUAAUGUUUCAACAAAAUAAAGUAAAAAUAAAGUGAAAUACGUUUUUUGAUAUUCACCUUGACUAUAAUAUGAUAUUAUUCAUAAUCAAAACGCUUUUAGAUCUACCAAGAACUACCUAAAAUUGUGAAUCAAGUCAAUAAAGACGAGGAGAUAGUCUUCACCGUUUUCACUGGUACGUUUGAUCAUUUUUGUUAAGUCUUCAUUUUUAUGUUCAUUUCUGUAUACUGUAAUUUUUUUCAGGAAAUGGCGAUUUUUUCAGUGCAGGUACAGAGCUCAACAGUAAUAAAUUAGAAGAUCAAGGGUAAGUGUUAUACUAAACAAGCCGAUAUCAAUGUUUUAUACAGAUCAGGCCAGCUUUCACAGUUAAUUUUUAAAUUUAAAAAUACUAGUUUGUUCAGAUAAUUCUGUGCCCCUGACCCCAAAAAUUUGGUUUGAAAGAGGGGACAUAAUUACUUGAAUAUCAUGACACAAGUAAAGAAAAAUUUUAAUUUUCAGAUCUGGCUCAUUCAAGCCUCCGUAUGGCCCAUUGGCAGAGGAGAUGAUCGAGCAUAAGAAGAUAUUGAUUGCUCUUCUCAAUGGACCAGCUAUUGGCAUUGCAGCCACUUUGUUGAGCUUGUUCGAUCUUGUCUUAGCUAGUGAUCGGGUAAGUCUAUUUGAAAAAAAUACCCUACCUUACAUUGCCCUACCCUAUCCUAUAGUAACCCUACCCAGCCCCACCCUACCUUACCCCACAACACCUUACCUAAAAUACAAAUUCAGGCAUACCUCCUAGCUCCAUUUGCAAAGCUAGGCCUACUUGCCGAAGGCACAUCAUCAACCAAUUGGCCUCAGCUUAUAGGCCGAAUCAAGACGGCCAAACAUUUAUUGUUUGCCGAGCCGAUAUCAGCCAAAGAAGCUCAUCAAAGUGGCUUGGUAUCUCACGUCUACCCUCAUGACAAGUUCGAGGAAGAGUGUCAAAAGUACUUGAAGUAUCUGACUACACUGGCACCUGGGGUAUGGCAGUUUUUUCUGUUUUUAUAAGCUAAUUCUCAAUUUUUUUAAUGAUCACAAUUACCCAUUUAAGCCUUUUUUAACUAAAAACUAUAUUAUACUACCUGAUUUCAGUCCCUACUGAUAACCAAAGAAUUGAUGGUCAAGAAUCUUCGUCCAAACUGGAGAAAUACGCACGCCGAUGAGAUGAACGCCUUGAUUCUUCGCUCCAAAGACAAGGAAAUGUUCGAUUUCAUUGCCAAAUCCAUUCAGCAACGAAAGUCUAAGUUGUGA